UAAUUUACAUUCAAUAAGCAAAAUGUGCACCCAGUGCUUCUAAAUAGAUGACCAGCAGUGUUUCAGUAUUCAAGCAUCAAACUGAAUCUGGUUUUAUAUCCGUGUGCGUGUGUAUGCCACGAGCUGCGGCUGCGUUUCUUAAUAAAUUUAAUUUCGUUUUGUGAUUUAUUUAAUUAAAUUCUACAAAAAUGUGAAUGAAUAAUCAUUAAAAAGCAAAAGUUACCAAGUAAAUUCAAUUUCAUUUCAAAUUGUUAAGUUGCAAUUUUUGAGCUUCUCGUUGGUUUCUUGGUGUGAGUGCUUUUCUCUGUCUCUCUCUCUCUCUCACUUGUGUCUUGCAAAGUGUAUGGGUGUGUGUGUGAGGUUUUGGAAUGUUGCUCGCACGAAAUUCAAAUUGUGACCAUCCUUGAGUUUGAGAUAGUUGCUAUUUUCUCAAGCAUAAAUUAAGAAAUGGAUGAGCACACAUUAAAUGACCUGCUAGAGUGCUCCGUUUGUUUCGAACGCUUGGAUUGCACAUCAAGAGUUUUACCAUGUCAGCAUACCUUUUGCCGCAAGUGCUUACUGGACAUUGUUGCCAGCCAGAACAAGUUACGAUGUCCGGAAUGCCGCAUUCUGGUAUCGGUUAGAAUUGAUGAACUGCCUCCAAAUGUUUUGCUUAUGAGAAUUUUGGAAGGGAUGAAACAGAAUGCAGCUGGAGGUAAAAUCGAUCAUAGAAGCGAAGACACCAACAAAGCUCCGCUUGAAAAGUUACACUCGGCUGAAACGACUGCAGCUAAAGCCAUUGCCACGGCCACAGCUGCGCCCUCACUGCCAUUUAGCAAUGCCGCACACCAACAGCCGGGAGCCACAUCGACUGCAUCAUCACAACAUUCCCAGCCGUCGCGUCACAAGCCACGCCGUUUCCUGCUACCCCAUGCCUAUGCUCUGUUCGAUUACAUCUCGAACGAGACUAAUGACUUAAAAUUCAGGAAAGGAGACUUGAUCUUGCUCAAGCAACGCAUAGAUAACAACUGGUUUGUGGGCCAGGCCAAUGGACAGGAGGGAACAUUUCCCAUUAACUAUGUUAAAGUGGCUGUUCCCUUGGCCAUGCCACAAUGCAUAGCCAUGUAUGAUUUUAAGAUGGGCCCCAAUGAUGAGGAAGGUUGCUUGGAGUUUAAAAAGUCCACAGUCAUCCAUGUGUUGCGGCGUGUGGAUCACAAUUGGGCCGAAGGAAGAAUUGGCCAGACAAUUGGAAUAUUUCCAAUAGCAUUUGUGGAACUAAAUGCUGCAGCCAAGAAACUGUUGGAAAGUCUAACCAUGCCAACAACGUGCCAUCAGCAGCAGCCUCAGCGAGCUCUGCCGCCAGUUCCACUAAUUGAUCCGACAGUGGUCAGCAGCAAUACCGAAUCCAGUUCGGGUUCAUCCAAUGGCACUCCCAUAAGCAGCACUUCCAGCUCCACAUCGAGCUCGAAAAAUUGCAGUCCCAAUCAUCAGCCUACGCUGCCCAAUACACCUCAACAUGUCAUGGCCUCUGGCUCGGGAUCGGUGCGCUUUAGAGAUAAAGGAGCCAAGGAAAAGCGGCAUUCUUUAAAUGCCCUUCUGGGAAAUGGAGCUCCACUCAGUCUGCUGCAAAGCAAUCGUCAUUCGGCGGAGAUUCUUUCCUUACCAAAUGAACUGAGUCGCCUUGAAGUUGCCACCGCCACAGUAACAUCUCCUCCCACUCGUGUUCUCAAGACCCACGUCCAACAACAGGUGGUGCCGCCAAGCCUACCGUGGGGCUACUUGGCUCUCUUCCCUUACAAGCCGCGACAGAACGAUGAGCUAGAACUGAAAAAGGGCUGUGUGUACAUUGUGACCGAGCGUUGUGUGGACGGAUGGUUUAAGGGCAAGAACUGGCUGGAUAUAUCAGGAGUGUUUCCGGGCAAUUACUUAACUCCGCUUAGAACUCGUGACCAGCAACAAUUAAUGCAUCAAUGGAAAUAUGUGCCUCAAAUCACAGAUGCCAAACAGAACCCACCGCCCACAGUCGCCCAGGAUGUAAGACUUAAUAACAUGUUGCCCAUGCAUCCUCCGGACUUGCCGCCGCGCCAGCAGCAGCCGUCAACCUCAUCGACAAGCUGCUCGGUUUGGACCAAACCAGUGGAGGCUCUGUUUAGCCGCAAGUCUGAUAGCAAACAGGAUUCAUCUAGUAGUAGUGGAGCAGUGGGACUUAUGAGACGCCUUACCCAUAUGAAAACCCGCUCCAAAUCGCCAGGAGCACCACUGCAUCAAGCGGCCAAGGAGGAUACAAAUGCCAAGGCCAGUCAAUCCAGCAACAUAGCAACUUCUUUGCAUCCAGUUCAUGUUCGAUCUGGAUCAUGUCCCAGUCAACUGCAGCUGAAUGAAACAUCAGCAGCCCCAACUCCAGCCCCAAAUGCAGCUCCUUCAUCCAAGCAAAUGCCAAUCUCUUAUGGCUCUCAACGCGUUAAAAGCAACAAGGAACGUCCUCAAUUACUUUGUGCUCGUCAAUCCUUGGAUGCCAACACGUUUCGUAGUAUGUACGAUAAUGGGAGUACCGCUGUGGCAACACCAGCGGCUGCUACGGCUUCGGCGACAUCAGGAAGUUCUCCAAUUGUUUAUGUACAGGCUCAGUCGCAGACACAGACAACCCAGUUGCAUGCCAAUAUGAUAUUGGCGCCUACCCAUCGCAAAUCACAGAGUCUAGAUGCAGGUCAUGUCCUCUGUGGUACUAAUAAUGUUAUAACUGAGGCAGCUAUCAAGGCGAGUGCCACUACUAAGUCAGCAUAUGGCACGAGAGAAAGCCGUUUUCGAUGCAUUGUGCCCUAUCCGCCUAAUAAUUCCGAUAUCGAGUUGGAGCUACAUGUGGGCGAUAUUAUAUAUGUGCAGAGAAAGCAGAAGAAUGGCUGGUAUAAGGGCACCCAUGCCCGUACACAUAAAACUGGUUUAUUUCCCGCUUCCUUUGUGGAACCGGAUAUUUAAAACUAAUGUCAGAGUAUUGAGAUUUCCAUUCUCAUAGAAUUUAAGUUACUUGCUAAACGAUUUCGACUUUCAAGCUUUCAAAAAUGUAUGCACAACAUGAAUUUUGCAAUCUCUCUUUCAAAAAGAACUUAUUCUCGAAUAUGAAAAUCUCGCGCAAAUUUACUUAAUUUUUUUAUACGAUUUUUAAUCAAAAGUAGAAUAAGAAUCAUUUAUGUACUUUUAUAGUUAGCUAAUGAAAUUGAACGAAAAUAAUAUCCAGAUGUCAAAUCUGAGCUUCCUUAUAAUUUACAAGAGGAAAACUGAAAACUAACUUUUGUUAAGAUCAAAGUUAUUUGUAAUAUAGUAUUGUCAAUAAUAAACAAUACCUUUGAAUGAAACAAAA